AGUCCUCAUCCCUGCUUGGCUCUGGAGACCCACAGUCAUGUUCUGUCCUGCCACUGAUGGAGGUGGCAAGAGCAGUGUCCAAUCUGCCACCUCCACUGGCACAUCCUGUGGAGACCUCUCAGGCAGGGAGCAUCUUGCUGGGGAUCCGAACGUCUCUGCCCACCCUCCGUCUUCCCCAGGUGAAGAGUGUGACUCCUGCUGUCCCCACUCGCCCGUGCUCCUGCCACGCUGGGACCAUCUGCACCAAACAGCAGCUGAACACCAGGGAAAAUGGUGUCAGGAGAGGACCAUGGCAUCAGGUAAGGCUGGGGCGUCGGAGCCAAGCAGCCCCACUACUGAGGCAGGAGAUGGCUCCCCGGACACCUCCUUGGUGCUGCUGCCUGUCAGAGAGGGCUUUCCACCAGAGAUAUCACUCUUCUUCUCCGUUGAGAGUCGCUCCUCCAGCUGCCUCAAUUCCCAGCUCCAGGAAGCAGCCAGAAAGAAGCUGUGGGCCCUGGAGAGUGAUGACAGAGGGGUCUGUGCCCUGUUCAAGGAGCUGUCAGCCAGGCUGGUCUGUAUGCAAGCACAGGAGGAUCGGUUCCUCCUCACCUUCAAAACCCUGGAAGAAGUCUGGAAGUUUUCCACGUAUCUGACUUUAGGAUACGUGGGCAGCUGCCUGGAGCAGCUUCUGUUUGGCCAGGAGUACUGGCUAAACUGUGCCCUGAUGGAGGACACGGAGAUCAGAGUCACUGUGGAUGAGGAUCAUUUGGCCACCAUAUAUAUGGAUCUGCUCCUCCAGGAAGGUAACUUUUUCUCCAGAGCAAUGCCAGGCGCGUGGAAGACGGAGCAGGAGGGAGAGGAAGGCCUGCAGCUCUGCAAGAAUGAGCUGAUCCAUGUGAAGAAUGUUGGAGAGGACUCAAAAUGGGAAGGGAUGUCCUUACUAACGGGUCAACGAGGCAUGGUGCCCAUGACAGCUCUAGAGCCAAUACCUCACCCAUUUUACCAGUGGUUCCUGAAGAAUUAUGCUGUGAGUUUUGGCAUCUCCCAGGAGAUCAGUGGGACAACCUCUCAGCCAAUUGUCAAAGGCAGGUGCACCGCCACCGAGGACCACAGAGGAGCAGCAUGGGAUGAACUGAGUUUCUCCAAAGGAGACAGCAUAGAAGUCAUAGGCUUCUUCAUUCCAGGACUCCCGUGGUUUGUGGGCAAAUCCCUCAGCAGUGGGAGCACUGGCUUUGUUCCAACCCGCUACAUAAGUCCCGAGGCUUGUGAACCUCUGGGAAAGGGCUUGGUGUUUCUGAGUGAAGAAGAAAAGUCCCCCCUCCUGCAUAUCCCAUGCAAUGGUGACGAGCAGCACUUCACCACCCUCCUCGGGGACCUGGCACGCACUGACAUCACCUCUGUGUACCGCCUGGAUGGUUUUGAACCUGCAGCCAUGUUCCCAAAAGUGCCAUCAGAGGCUGUUCUCCAUGCCAGUAAAGAUAUCCAACUGCUCCAGUCUUGGGAGGAAAUAAAUGAAAUGGCUACAACUAGCACCUCCGAGCUGUCCAGCCCAGGGAGUGAAUCAGCCCCUUCUAUGUUAGAAGAUGUUCUCUUGGAGAAGAUGGAUGACUUUGAUUAUCCCAAGUUCUUUAUUGACCUGAAUGCUGGACACAUGGAUGAUGCUGAUGUCUUUGACCCCAUAUUGACCUUCCUUAACCAAGAUAGUUAUGUAUCCAGUUUUCAAAGCCUCUAUGAUCUCAGCUUCUCCUUUCUCCACUCCACCUUUUAUGGUUUCUCCGAUGAGGAUGAACUGGUCCUGUACCUUGAGACAUCCAGGAAUUGGGCCAAGAGGACUCAUUCAGUUUGGGCUCAUGUCAGGCUCUGUUUCCUCUUGGGUAAGCUCUGCAUCAAAAAGGUCAAAUUCUCCCAGGCUCGAGUCUACUUUGAAGAAGCCAUGAGUGUCCUGGACAGGGGAUUUCAGGACCUGCCUCUGUUGGCAGCAUUGCAUGUGACCCUUGCCUCCAUCUAUUUGAAACAGAACAUGAAGCACAAGUUCUCCUCCCUGCUGGGGAAAAUGGUGACCUUGCUUGUCUGCUUGCCUGGCCGCUCUUUCAGCUCUGAAAACGAGCUGGAAGUCAUGAUGUACGUCUUGAGGGAAGCCAUUGCUGUGGGCAAUGCUCCCUUGGAGGCACGGGUCUGCUUCCUCAUUGUCAAGCUCUUCCUACAACUGGGCAAAACUGAUGAAGUGCUGCCCUUUAUGGAGCAUCUUCAGUGUCUCACCACCACUUUGCUCGGCCCAGGCACUAGUUCUGGGCCACUGGAUGCCCCUGCCAUCUUGAGCUACCUGUAUGACAAGAAGUACUUGCCAAAUAUUGCACUGGCCUCCGCCAGGUUGUUUGUUCCCAGUGGCACCAAGGGAGCACCGACACCCAUUUGGAGGGCUGGCUUCAUCCUCCAAAAUUCUUCCAAACUACUGGGAAGCCAACUGGAGAGAAGCAGCAUCCCAGCACUGGCUUGUUUCUAUCUCAAGCAAGCACUGCAGUUCUGCUGUGAGAGCAGAGCUGUGCCCACCCAGAGGACGCUGUGUGCCAUCUUGUCCAGGAUGUACCUCCAGCACGGGGUGUUGGACGGGGCGGUUUGUUAUGCAGCCAGGGCUGUAGCCCUCAGCAGACUGAUGGGCGAGGAGGAGGCUUUUGAGUCUUCCCUCUCUUUGGGGUGGAUGUACCUCCUGCAGGGCCAGCCAGGUCCGGCUGCAGACAUCCUGUGGCAGCUCCUGCGGUCCCUGAGUGGGACGGACAGUGUGACUCAGGGCGGAGCCGUGCACAACCUCCUGGCCAUUGCCCUCAAGGGAGAAGGGCGGGUGCAGGCGGCUGCAGAGAACUUCCUCUGGGCCCUGCACAAGGCCAAGGAGACCGGGAACAAGAGGAAUCAGGCCAUUGCCCUGGCUAACCUGGGGCAGCUGAGCUUGGGGUGUGGGGCCAGCCAGCUGGCUGAGCUCUACCUGCUCCAGUCAGUCCAGCUCUACGCUGAGCUCCAGGGCAGCCAAGACCUGGAGAUGGAGCUGGUGCAGGUGCUGCUGGGGCUGGCACAGGCCAUGGUGGACAGGCAGAGGAUGGAAGAUGGCAAACUCUGUUAUGAACUGGCAUUGGUUUUUGCCCUGAAGUGGCAUAACUUGAGGAGUCAGCUUCACAUCACUGAGUCUCUCUGCCAUUUCUACAGCAAAGUGUCCCCUGAUCUCCAGGCCUGCAUCACCUACCAUGAGCACUGGGUGUCCUUGGCACAACAGCUGCAGGACAGAGAGCUGGAAGGCAAUGCCCAACAGGCCCUCAGUCAGCUCUACCAGGCUUUGGGCACACCUGAGGCUUUGAGACAGUCCCUGGAUUGCACCAAACAAAGUCUAAGGAUCUUCAUUGACCUUGAGGAGACUGUGAAAGCAGCAGAGGCCUGGCUGCAGGCAGGAAGGCUCUACUAUCUUAUGCAGGAGGAUGAGCUGGUGGAAAUGUACUUUCAGGCAGCCAUUCAGACUGCUCUGAAGUGGGAGAACUUCUCCUUGGCCAUGGAUCUUUAUGAGAAAGCAGGGGAUACCUUUUUUAAUGGCAACCGGAACAGAGAUCGAGCGGUGGAGUUUUACAGGGGAGGUGCUGUGCCCUUGGCCAGGAAACUAAAGGCCACUAAGACAGAGCUACGGCUGUUCAACAAGCUGGCAGAGCUGCAGAUCAGGCUGCAGGGCUAUGAGAAGGCACUGGAGUUUGCUACCCUGGCAGCCAGGCUGAGCCUCAGGGUUGGAGAUCAGUUGCAGGAGCUGGUUGCAUUCCACCGCCUGGCUACAGUCUACUAUUUUCUGCACAUGUAUGAGAUGGCAGAAGAUUGUUACCUGAAGACACUUGCCAUGCGUCCCCCCAUGCUGCAGUGCUCGGGAGAGGCCCUGUACUACUGCAAGGUGUAUUGCCACCUUGGCAACCUGACCCUGCACAAGCUGAAGGAUGAACAGGAUGCAGCAGCCUACUUCCUUCUGGCCCUCGCCGCAGCGACCGAGCUGGGAGACCAGGACCUGCAGUCCCUCAUCCGUGCCAAGCUGGGAGCCAUCCCCAGUGCCCCACAGGGGCCUGAGGGCACACCAGGCUGUGCCACGUACCGGCCCAGGUGGCUGAGUGAAGGAGGCCACGUCGUCUGACCCAUCUGCCACCCCGGGGACUCCAGCACGAGCCGUCAAGGAGUGUCCUGCACAGGUCCUGUGCUCUCCAGGACCACUGGCCCAGAAGGGGUCCUGCACCACAUCCUAAGGAGCUGGCAGCGUUUGGCCUCCUUGUCCCCAACAGGCACUUGGGACACUGACCUUAUUUUUCAGGAGCAGGGCUGUGCACCAUAGUCGAGGUGGUACAUCAAGGCUGGGCAUCUGGGCAGGAUGAGGCCCCAGCAGUGGUGCUGGAGUAUGUGGUGCAGUGGGACUGAGCUAUUGAUGGUGUUUCAGAAGUGCCCUGUCAAGGACGUGGACAGGAGAGUGCUGCCAUGUGCCUGCCUCUGCCCUUAACUGCCCCACACACCUCAGGUCCUGUGGCGCAGCUCAGCUCGGCCAAAAUGUGUUUUAACUUGAAUAGCACCUCCUGUAUUUAUUCCUGUCUGGUUUCUGUCCUGUGUUCUCCACAGAGGGCUGUGACCCAUACCUCUGCCAAACCCUUGUUUUGUAAGAAGCACCACCAAAGCUUUUGUCAGUGAGAGACAGAAUUCGGGAAAUGAGGAGCGGCUGGUCAAACCUUGCAUGGGGACCACACCCAUAUGCAGACAAACAGCUGCUCCGGGGGAGGCAGAGCCCUCCCACACCCCAGGCCUGUCACUGAGCCUCAGCUCUGGCACUGGAGCAGCCAGGUGGCCUCUUCUACCUCACAGCCCAUCUGCAUUUUCAACCUCUAAAGCAGGAGCACAGGAAAAGAGCACUGGAACAGGCUACCCAGGCAAGUGGUGGAAUCACCAUCCCUGGAGGUGUUUAAAAGAUAUGUAGAUGUGUCACUUAGGGACAUGGUUUAGUGGUGGCCUUGGGUGAUGGGCUGGGUUAAUGGUUGGACUCGAUGAUCUUAAAGGUCUCUUCCAACCUAAAUGGCACUGAUUCUCAGAGCUGUCAGUCCUGACCUGGCCCAGGCUUUGCAGCCCUGUACCCUCCCCAGUCUCCUUUCUCCUGGCUGCAGAGCCCCUUGGGAUGCAGAUGGUGAGGCUGGACACACUGGCCUGCACUGUGGCACAUCCAGCCCCUGGGCAGGGGUGCUGAUGGGGCACGGGGGAGCUUUUGGUGAGGAGAGGCAGCUGCACUGCCCUUGCUUGGGCUGUUGGCAGCCCGAGGAGACCCCACUUUCCAGCAGGCAGCAAGUUACCUUCAAGUGCCCUGAGCUACGUGGCUGGAAGAGAAACAAAACUCUGUGGAGUGACCAGAGGCAGUAGAAGGCUCCAA